AUGUCCUCAGAAGCUGUUAAGAAACAGAUACUUACGGCUAUUAGCUCCCUAAACGUGCCGUUAGCCAAAUUACCGAGCGAACAUAAGAUAGCUGAAGCAUGCUCUGCAGCAAAGCUGCUUCGGAAUCGUGUUUUGCGUGAGUAUGCCCGUGUUGAGGAACAAGUCGAAGCUCUUCGUCAGAAGCAGCUUUAUGAUGAUAGUGAUAGCGGCGAGGAAAAUGAGGGAAACGCAGAAUUUCAGUCUAUGGGUGUUUCUUCUCAGGUCCAAAAAAUUUCCAGACAGGAUUUCUUGUUUAUAAGUGAAAUGAUGGUUAUGGAAAAUGUUGUCGUCCCACUUCUACUGGCCCAUGGGAUGAAUUUUAGCUCAACAUUGUUGCCCCAGCUUCUGAAGCUUUUGACAUCAAUGCUUCUGCCUGUUCCAGCACAUUCUCUAGAAAUUCCGCGUCAGGUGGAUUAUAUUCGUCGUCUAGUGGAGCGGUGUGGAACAGAUGAGUUUUUCACAUUACUGAUUCAGUGUGUUGCUCCAGUGGCUGAGAAGCGUUCAAAGGGUGACUUGCAGCGGGAGGAUGUCGUUUUGUUGGAGGUUGUUUUGAAACUGCUAACUCAUUUUUUUACUGGACCCAGUGAGAGUAUUGUCCCAGCCAUUGGUGCAUUUAGCCGAAAUCAUGGCAUUGAGCUGUUUCUCGUCGUACUGAAUCAAAACUAUGCUCGCACUGAGUCGAGAAAAGGUGCGGAUGUAGUACAACCUUCGGUGAAUACUGAAACAUUGAAUCCUGAACAAGAAAAAAACAACGAUACUAUAGUGUUACUUGAUGAUGAUAACGAAGAGAAAGGAGCCGUGGCGGAAAUGGAAUAUGAUGGGAAUGAUGGAAGAGUAAAAGAGGAGGAACAAGAAGAAGAGGAAGAGGAAGAAGGAACGGAGAGUGAAGGCUCUAGUAGCGAUGAGCAGAUUGCUGAAAAAGAAACUGAUAACAGAAAAUACAAUGCAUGCAUGCUGGAGCUUCUUGAAGGUGAUGAGCAGCUGUGGAAGUGGAAUAUGUAUAUUGUGACCGCAAUGGCCGCAAUUCUUCGCUGUGCCGAUCCUGUGGAAUUGGCGCAACUUGGGUUUGUUUCCAGCUUUCAGAAACAAUCAUCAUAUCAAAUCAUGGGAUUGUUUGAGAGUGGAAAGCGAUUUCGGGAAUGUAAAAAAGAAUCGGAUCGAUGGAGGUGUGUUGCGCGGAGUCGAAAUGGUGCUAUAAGCUCAAAUAGUUUGCUUGUGCGAGGAACACCUGUCUCACGGUUGAAUGGAGAGGGCGGAGCAAUUGGCUCUACUUCAACGCUUCUUGGAUUAAGGAGCAAAGAUCCACUUGAGAAGGUCCGAGAUAUUGAUUCACGAAAGAAGGGGCGCUAUGUCAAGGGAAUGACGGAUGAUACGAUGACAAUGUGCAAUCUUCCACUGCCAACUAAAAUACAACUUUCCCAGCAAUGUCUCUCCUUCAUAUGCUAUGGUUUUGAGCCUCUGAAUUUAAUGGUGUGGAAUCGAUUAGCACGGACUAUUGACGGUUUCGAGAGUAUUGUAAGGGAACGCAAUGAACUCAUCGCAGGGUACAAAAGCUCUGGUGAGGACAUUGAGUUACCUACACAGCUUGAAAAGUCUGUGUAUGAUUCUGUUCAAAACGUUCUGGAUCAUGCAGACAUAUGUGCUCUACUACUCCGCUACACAAGAGAAGUUGUUCGUUUGAGCCGAAAUGAAAAUGGAGAUGUGCCUUCUGCAGCUUUUCAUCAACAAUGGCGAUCGAUUUCAAACGUUAUUACUCUCGAUCAUAUGCGAUGUGGCUUCGAGUUGCUUCGUGUUUUUCUUAGUUCACCAGAUUUAAAAAAGCGCUUCGAUGUUACCAACGUGGCAACUUAUCUUACUGAGUUACUCAUGACACUCAAUCACUUGGUGGAUGGAGACAUUGUAAAGGAUUCAGCCGUCAUUGUGGCUGCACGUGCUUUGGCAUCGUCUGUUGUUUACUGUGAGGAAAGCAUCACGUUGAUCUUUGAUGCCAUAUCAAGGACCUCUGCAAAGGUUAUUCCUCCUUGUAAGGCUGGAGUAUUUGUAUUGUUGGUAUAUUCUGUUCUGCGCCUUAUGGAAAAAUGCAGCUUUCGCGGAAGUGUGUUGUUUCCAAAAAGGGAAAGGCGGAACGACACAACUGUGAGACAGGAAGCAGAAGAUACAGGUAAUCCUGAUCUUCUGGAAUCUGACCCUAUGGAGAACGAGGAUAUUGCAACUUCAUCACUCUCUGAAAUGAUCAAUGAGUUGGAAAGUGAUGACGUCAUACCAAAAACAAUUGAAAUGAUGAAGUCUCCUACACCGCUUGCUUUGAAGGAUGUGGAGCUAAACGAGAUGCCUGUAGCUGAUGUUGACGAGAGGGAAGUUUCUAUAGAAAAUGUUUCAUUAACAUCAAGUGGUCGUGCAAUUGUCUCUACCUUGAGUUCGGAGAGAGAAGUAAGCCUGGGGAAUUACUUCAAGCGGCUCGCAACGGUAAAAAAUAUUCAACUACUUCUCUCUUCACUCCGUCAUUGGAGAGCAAACCCUGCAGACGUGAAUACAGGCUUAGUGUACUUGAUCAAUUCUCUUCUCGUCGAAGGGAAUGAUAACGUAUUCUUCAGUGCACCUUUUCUGAUCGUGAUGCGAGACAUUUUGUCCAACGGCAAGGAUUCCCACAGUGCACUGUACGAGGUGUGUGAUCAGGUAGUUUACAACUUUUUUAAUCCUUCGUUUGCAAAGAUCCUUGAUGAAAGAAAGAAGGUACAGCUUGGACCAUCCUACAGUCUCUUAGGGGGUGCACAGUCUUUUCUAGGAUUUGAGGUUUCGUUGCGGUGUGCGCGAUCGCUUUUUUGUUUUAAUUCAACCGAUUACAGUAUUCUGGAGGAGAAAGGUCUUCCCCAUCUAAUGGACUCGACCGUCAUUCCCUUAAACGAUGAGUACAACGCCGAUGAAACCGCACACCUUGACAAUCUCUCUCAUGCUUCAGAGUCACCUCUUAAAAAACGUCGUCGAAAGAGAAAGACAUCUUCAACAGAAGGGGAGACGAAACGAGAGGUGGAAUUCACAGAGUUUGCCUCUGACCGACAACUUGAUAAUGUUCUCGAUGAUGAGGAUAAUGGAGAUGAAGCUGCCAUCGAAUAG